CUUACAUAAGCACGCGCUUGUCUUGUAAACACCGACACUGCCAGUCCCACCCUGGCAGUCUAGAGGGAGUGAGUGUAUCGUCUAAUAAUCUGCAGAAAUGGCGUCGUCCAUGAAAGCUUCGGCGACUUUUGCAGCAAAACUUAUGCCAUCGCCAUUAACAGCAGCCUUCAGUCGUCCUGCAGCUCAUGCAAGGAACUUCCAUUUCACUAUGGAUGGCCGUCGCACAAGUGCCAAGACCUCCACGGAUCAGCUUUCUCGUGACUAUCCAGUGGUUAACCAUACUUAUGACGCUGUUGUGGUCGGGGCUGGAGGUGCUGGUUUACGUGCUGCAUUUGGUCUUGUGCAGGAAGGCUUCCGCACAGCUGUCAUCAGCAAGCUUUUCCCAACACGGUCUCACACUGUGGCUGCUCAGGGCGGUAUAAAUGCUGCUCUUGGUAACAUGGAGCCAGACAAUUGGAUUUGGCACAUGUAUGACACGGUGAAAGGCUCUGACUGGCUGGGUGAUCAGGAUGCUAUUCACUACAUGACCCGUGAAGCUCCAAAAGCAGUCGUUGAAUUAGAGAAUUAUGGCAUGCCCUUUAGUCGUACUGUAGAUGGCAAAAUAUAUCAAAGAGCUUUUGGUGGCCAAAGUUAUGACUUUGGCAAGGGUGGUCAGGCUCACAGAUGCUGCUGUGUAGCAGACCGCACAGGCCACUCUCUCCUCCACACCUUGUAUGGACAAUCCCUCAGAUAUGACUGUAAUUAUUUCAUCGAAUACUUUGCUCUUGACCUCUUGAUGGAAGAUGGAGAAUGCCGUGGUGUCAUUGCACUUUGUUUAGAGGAUGGAUCAAUCCACAGGUUCCAUUCCAAAAACACAGUGUUGGCCACAGGUGGUUAUGGUCGUGCCUACUUUUCGUGCACCUCUGCCCACACUUCCACUGGUGAUGGUACUGCCAUGAUCACACGUGCUAAUCUUCCUUGCCAAGAUAUGGAGUUUGUACAGUUCCAUCCCACUGGCAUCUAUGGUGCUGGAUGUUUGAUGACUGAGGGAUGCCGUGGUGAAGGUGGCUACCUGGUAAACUCAGAGGGAGAGAGGUUCAUGGAGCGUUAUGCCCCAGUUGCAAAAGACUUGGCGUCUCGUGAUGUUGUCUCACGCUCCAUGACAAUUGAAAUUCGAGAGGGUCGUGGCUGUGGGCCUGAUAAGGAUCAUGUCUACCUGCAGCUUCACCACCUGCCCCCAGAUCAGCUGGCACAAAGGCUACCUGGUAUUUCUGAGACAGCCAUGAUCUUUGCUGGUGUAGAUGUAACACGUGAACCUAUCCCUGUACUGCCAACUGUGCACUACAAUAUGGGUGGCAUCCCAACCAAUUACAGAGGACAGGUGAUCACCUUUGAUGGAAAGGAAGACAAAAUUGUGCCUGGUCUGUAUGCUGCUGGUGAGUCAGGAUGUGCUUCAGUCCAUGGAGCCAAUCGUCUUGGUGCCAACUCUCUUCUGGAUCUUGUGGUAUUUGGCCGAGCAUGUGCUCACACAAUUGCCGAGGAGAACAAGCCUGGUGAAACCAUUGGUGAACUCUCUCCUAAUGCUGGUGAGGCCUCUGUAGCCAACAUUGAUAAUUUAAGAUUUGCUAAGGGCAACGUGUUGACUGCUGAAGUACGAUCUGCAAUGCAGAAAACCAUGCAAAACCACGCUGCUGUGUUCCGCACUGGUGAAGUACUGAAAGAGGGUUGUGAUAAAAUGGCUUCUCUCUGGUCUAAAAUGGAUGACAUUAAGUUGGUUGAUCGUGGCAUGGUAUGGAACACUGAUUUGGUAGAGACCUUGGAACUUCAGAACCUCAUGUCCAAUGCUGUCCAGACAAUAGUUUCGGCAGAAGCUCGCAAGGAGUCCCGUGGUGCUCAUGCCCGAGAAGAUUUUAAGGAUCGCAUUGAUGAGUACGACUAUACCAAGCCCCUGGAAGGUCAAACACCCGUACCAGAGGAAAAGCAUUGGAGGAAACACACACUAUCCACUGUUGACAUUGAUUCCGGAGAUGUAAAGUUAUGGUAUCGUCCAGUAAUUGAUCACACCCUUGAUGAUGCAGAAUGUGCUACUGUGCCACCUGCAAUCAGGUCCUACUAAGGUUGUGCUGCAUAUAGGUUAACUGUACAUAAGUUUUUGUGACUGAUCAUUAAUUCUAAACAUCACAUUAUUUAAAACAAGUACUGUAGUCAUUUUAGAUUUUUUAGAAAAUUCUUGGUUUCCAAAUACCUGUAGUGUACUGCAAAAUUAUCUCCUUGUCUUGUUGGUACUGUAGUAGUUUCUUGGGAGGCUCUCACAUAUUAUGGUAAUUAUUUGAAACAAGUACUGUACUGUAGUCUCAUUAGAGUUUUAGAAAUUUAUAUUUUAAUUUUUCCAAAUAAUUUAAUUUGCUGUCCUUAAUCUGUUGGUAAUCAGAUGAUGGGCUCAUUAACAUUAAUAUAAUGUAGUUUACCACAGUAGUAAUUUCCACAGUUAUAGGGCUGUUUAUGCCUAGUUUGUAGAUAAUGUACAUAAUCUUCAGUGAAAGCACAUGUAGGCGUUCUUAUGUAAUACAGUAUUGUAUUUUGUUUAAAUUGUAUGAAUUUGUAAAAGAUUCAAUAAAUGGCAUAGGUUUUAAAA